AUGUCUUCAGACCUUAAGCCGAACAAUGUCGUUGUUGAUCACGAUGUGGAUGACAAGGGUUUUGUGCAGAUCUCCGGAGUUAAGAUCGCUGAUGAGGACAACAUUGUAUUCUUGGACGGCAAGAGAGACUUCAACCCAAAAGGCAGCGCGAGACCAUUGUUGAUUGGGAAUGAAUUCUGGCGCAGCCCGGAGCAGCAAGUCGGCUUUGGUAUUGGCCAAGCUACCGAUGUAUGGUCUUUUGGUGUUGUGUGUAUCUAUGUGGUCUUCCGACUUAUGAUAUUUGGAAUCUACCCCGAGCAUCGUACCCCAGAUGUCGAUCUUCGAUGGCAAGUGCUAGAGCGUAUGUUCAGGUACUUUGGACCCUCACCUCCGGCCUUUUUCGACCACAUUGGCCUUGACUCAUUGGACAAAGUGGAACAGGAGGUUCUGCUGCGUCUGAACCACUUUGAACAGCACAAUAAACGGGAACCAUUCUGGGACUGGGCAACUACGGGAGAUCCUUCGAUGGAUGAAGAAACAUUCAGCUUCUUGCGUAAGAUGCUUAGCCUGGAUCCAGGAAGAAGGGCAACGAUGGACCAAGUGUUGGAUGAUCCGUGGUGGAACAACUAUGGUCGCUGA